CGCGCAGCAGCCAUUGCUCUCCUGCUGCGGAGUGGAGCGUUCUGUUAGCAGAAGUCCGCGGGCAGGAAAGGAAGGAUCCAGAUAUUUGCUUCCGGUGUGCCCCGCUGCCUUCCCACCCCGGGCCGGCAACUGAGCCAGGCGGACUCUGCUGUUAGUAGUAGUACCAUUAUUUAGUAGACUUUAUUUUUAAGUAAUCUGAAACUUGUGGAAAACUUAAGGCGUUUUCUUAUAAAGAGCUACCUUACACCCUUUGAUAAUUAAGUUAGCCGCAGCUACGAUGCCGCUUUAUCUGUGUAUUUAGAGGUACUUCAGUGUGUAUUUUCUAAAAACGAGGACAUUCUCCUACAUCCAGAAUCAGUGCCCGCCUGGAGCCAUGGUCCACGCUUUCCUCAUCCACACCUUGCGGGCUCCACAGGCCCAGGACACGGGCCUUUGCCGAGUGCUCUACUCCUGUGUCUUUGGUGCUGAGAAUUCACGCGAUGACCCACGACCACAUGGUGCUGAGCGGGACAGGCUCCUCCGAAAGGAGCAGAUUUUGGCUGUGGCCAGGCAGGUGGAAUCCAUGUGCCGGCUGCAGCAGCAGGCAUCUGGCCGGACCCCCAUGGACCUGCAGCCUCAGUCCUCAGAUGAGCCAGUGCCCCUGCAUGAGGCCCCCCUUGGGGCCUUCCGCCUGGCAGCAGGGGACCCUUUCCAGGAGCCUCGGACAGUGGUAUGGCUGGGCGUGCUCUCAUUAGGCUUCGCCCUGGUGCUGGAUGCCCACGAGAACCUGCUACUGGCCGAGGGCACACUCCGGCUGCUGGCACGCCUCCUCCUUGACCACCUCCGGCUGCUGACCCCCAGCACCAAUCUCCUGCUUCGGGCUGAUCGCAUCGAGGGCAUCCUCGCCCGCUUCCUGCCCCAUGGUCAAUUGCUCUUCCUCAAUGACCAGUUUGUCCAGGGUCUGGAGAAGGAAUUUAGUGCUGCGUGGCCCCGCUAACCACUCCCUGGGAUGGGACUUCCUGAGAGGGCAAGGAGGGAGGACAGGGAUGGAUGGACACACACACAGCCAGGUGAAGCUUGGCAUCGGCCUCCUUCCCAGCCUGUUCCCAGCGUAGGUGUGGUACCACACCCAGGACAAGUGGACACCACAAGCUGGCAGAAAAGGGGGCUGGGCAAAGGGUGGUGGGGAGGAAUCCCAGAACAUCUUAUGCCUGGAGGUGCCAUGUGACUCAUUCAUACUGCUGCGGUGGGCCAGCCCCACCUGUCCUUGACCCCAGUUUCUCCCAUCUCCGGCAGCCAGCCCCAAAAACAGUCUAGCAGUUGCUAGUGUUGGAGCAUGAGGAGUGGAACUCAGCCCACUUUCUCUUUCCAAGCCCACAGUCAUCGCAGUGCAAAGGGAAUCUGAGACUCCCAGGGUUGGGGAGCUGGCUGCAGCCUUUGCACCCACUUAGGCAACAUUAUCAACAAGGAUUUUGUCAGUGAGGGCCUGUUCAGUGUCCAGCCCCACCAUAGUUCCCAAAUGUGUCAUUCAUUCAGCAGGGGGAUUCUGUAGCUCAUUUUGGGUGCAGCCCUUGCCCACAGGCAGCCUUGAGAUAAUCACAGGUUUCCUUCGUCUGCAGGGAAAGAAGGUACCAUCAGGUGGUUGCAAGAUGUCUGGCCAGGAUGAAGUUGUCAUUCUCGUUUUGAACUAAAAGCACUGAUUGUAUGAUUUCAUGCUCCUGUUUCUGUAAGAUUGGCUAGUGCAUAUUUGCUUUGAUGAGUAUUUGCCUCUUUGUAUGGCCCUGAGCUGGGUACCUGAGCCUUCAUGGUCAGAUAUGCCCCCAAGAAGCAUCUUGGGAGGUUUCCACCUCUCGUGCCCCACAUCACCCCUGUCUCUGUAUGUGCCUCCUUUGGAUGGUAGCACUUGUUUUCUCUACCAAAAUGUGGUGGGUUGGUUUGGAUUUCUGAGAAGCAGAGUCUGAGAUAAGGAUUAGGUACAAGCAGUUUACAUGGGAGGUGAUCCCAGGAAGCACUGGAAGGGGAGGCAGUCCAUACAAGUACAUUAUCAAGGGUGGAUAGGGUGCUUCAUGCCUCUGGGGACCUGUAAUACAACAGUCACCUCUGAAUGACCUUACAGGAGGGGUGAGGGGCUGUGGAUGUUUGUCUGCCAUUCCCUUCAGUCAGUGGUUGUGAGUUGGUCCUAGGGCAAAUUCCCUGGCUCUUUCUGCCCCCAGAAAAGGGCAGUGUGGAGUUGGGCCUGGCUACACAAUGGUAAAGCCUAAAGGAAUGUGCCUAGGGCACCAAACUCCUAUUAAGAGUCUUUAAUCAGCAGCUCUAGUGGUGGUUUAAAAUGGUUCUGCUGGAAAAAACCUCUGUUUACAUCUGUUUCCAUGAUCUGAAUGUUACCUGUGAGGUGUGACUUUCUUGCACAGGUAAAAUGAGCCUCCUAGGUGGUCAGGGUUCAGGUUUUGGCCUCACCAUGCUUGCCAAGUAUCAGUUGCCCUUUGGCACCCAGGAAGGACCCACCCACACCCACACAGACAGCACCUAUGAUCAGGGUUUUGCUUUUCUGAGUCUGCAGCAAAUGUCACCAGCCAUGUCGUGUUUUUUACCAUCGCCAUUGGGACAAGGCUACCUUCUCCAUCAUAGGUGCCACAAAUCACCCUCUGACUUUGAAGACCUUGAGGGACCUUACUCUGAGUGUGGCAAGUCAUGCCUCUGGAAAUGUCCCUCAGAUCCCUAGCGGGUCACCCCUGCUCCAUAGUCUGCUCUCUUGGGCUGCCCCUUCCUUCAUUCCAGGUUAGUGGUCCUGGUGGAGUGCCCGUGUUCUCACAAGAACAGGCCCCUCUGGCUUUGUUUGAAGAGCGCAAGCUUGGCUGGUCUGAAACCUUUCUGCCUAUUUUUCUAACCAGACUUGAAGAAGGUGAGGCCCUGCUCCCCUGGAAGCUGUGGGAAAUUGGGGUUAGGUGGGUUUGGUAUCCUUGGUUCCCGCCAGGUGGAGGAAAUGGGUGUGCAGAGAAUGGCAGAGACUGAGUGUUGAGCUCUUGGUUUCUGUUCCAGUUGCCCAGUUAGUACGUGGGUUUCCUUAAUCCUGUGAGCUUGCCCAUUGCUGUUUCCAUAUAUUCCCACUUUUGCCCCAGCACCUCUGAGCCAGGUUUCUGCCACAACUUCUUAUGCUUACGUCAGGUUCAUCAAACCUGCCUAGGUGCUAUUAGGGUGCGAGAUGCUCCUUAGAGUCCAGGAGACAGCUGGAUACUACGCCUGCAAAGUGGCACAGGUUAAGUAUCACUAAAUUGAUCCAAAGUGCUUUAAAUGUCCAAAGACUUUUCUUCUAUGUUUAUCUCCUAGGAGUUUUAUUGUUUCGUGUUUUUACAUUUAGGUCUACAGUACAUUUUGAGUUAAUUUUUGUGAGAAGUGUAAGUUCUGUGUCUACACUGAUGUUUUUGCAUGUGAUGUCCAGUUAUUCCAGCAUCAUUUGUUGAAAAGACUAUAUAUUUGCUUCAUUGUAUUGCUUUUGCUACUUUAUCAAAGACCAGUUGACUGUAUUUAUGGGGGUUUAUUUCUGGGCUCUCCCUUCUGUUCCAUUGAUCUGUUUCUCUAUUCUUUUGCUCGUAACACGCUGUCUUUUUUUUUUUUUAAGAUUUUAUUUAUUCAUUUGCGAGAGAGACAGAGAACAAGCAGGGGGAGAGGCAGAGGGAGAGGGAGAAGCAGACUCCCUGCUGAGCAAGGAGCCCGAUGCGGGACUCGAUCCCAGGACCCUGGGAUCAUGACCUGAGCUGAAGGCAGACGCUUAACCAUCUGAGCCACCCAGGCGCCCGUGUAACACACUGUCUUGAUUACUGGAGCUUUACACAGUAGUAAGUCUUAAAGGCAGGUAGUGUCAGUUCUCUAACUUUGUUCUUCUCCUUCAAUAAUGAGUUGGCUGUUCCGGGUCUUUUGCCUCUACAUAUAAACUUUAGAAUCAGUUUGUCAGAUCCACAAAAUAACUUGUUGGGAAUUUGAUUGGGAUCCCAUUAAAUCUGUAGAUCAGAUAGAUGAGGUUGGGAAGAACCGACAUUUUGACAAUAUUGAGUCUUCUGAUCCAUGAACAGGGAAUAAUAUCUCUUCACUUAUUUUGUUCUCCUUUGAUUUCUUUCAUCAGAGUUUUGUGGUUUUCCUCAUAUAGCUCUUAUACCUAUUUUGUUAGAUUUAUACCUAAGUUUCAUUUUGGGGGUAUUAAUGAUACCUGUGUAAACAGCAGUAUAUUUUUCAUUUCAAUUCCAUUUGUUCAUUGUUGGUAAAGAGGUAAGUGAAUGACCUUUGAGUAUUAAUUUUAUAUCCUACAACCUUGCUGUGGUCAUUUAUUCGUUCCAACAGUUUUUUCUUCUGAAUCUUUCAUCUUUUCUACAUGGGCAGUUUUGUCAUCUGUGAUCAGAUACGAGUUUUAUUUUUCCUUCCUAAUGCAUAUAGCUUUUAUUUCCUUUUCUUGUCUUACUGAGUAAGUAGCACUUCCAGGACAGUGUUAAAAAGGAGUGGUGAGAUGGAACAUCCUUUUCUUGUUCCUGAUCUUAGUGGGGAAGCUUCUAGUUUCUUGCCAUUAACUAUGCUGACUGCAAGAGGUGCCUGGGUGGCUCAGUCGUUAAGUGUCUGCUUUCGGCUCGGGUCAUGAUCCCAGGGUCCUGGGAUCGAGCCCCACAUCGGGCUCCCUGCUCCGCAGGAAGCCUGCU